UUUUCUGUUUUAAUCUGGCUUUUAUUCUGUGUCUCUUUCAGGUUGAAUUCACUCCUGAUCAAAUAGAAGAAUUUAAGGAAGCGUUCUCACUCUUUGACCGGACUCCUAAAUCUGAGAUGAAAAUCACAUACGCACAAUGCGGAGAUGUCCUGAGAGCUUUGGGGCAGAAUCCAACCCAGGCUGAGGUCAUGAAAGUGCUUGGCAGACCCAAACCAGAAGAAAUGAACUCCAAGAUGAUUGACUUUGAGACUUUCCUGCCCAUGCUCCAGCAUAUUGCCAAGACAAAAGACACAGGCACCUACGAGGACUUCGUGGAGGGUCUGCGCGUGUUCGACAAGGAGGGAAAUGGAACGGUGAUGGGGGCUGAACUCCGCCACGUUUUGGCUACACUGGGUGAGAGGUUGACUGAAGAGGAAGUUGAUAAGCUGAUGGCUGGUCAGGAAGAUGCCAAUGGCUGUAUCAACUAUGAAGCUUUUGUGAAACAUAUCAUGGCGAACUGAACGCCAGG